CGCUCUCAACCUCUGGUUCUCUCCUCUCUCGUCCAGAAACGAAAACCCGUCAAAAAUCGAAGAAUCCUAGCCUUUUCUUUCGAAAUCGACGAGGGAGAUGGGAAAGACGGCUUCUCUUAUUCUAUCCCUCGAUCUGCCUACCCUCUCCUUCUGAUGAAACUCGAACGAAAUCCCCAGGAAAGUGACGACAAGCAGAAAUCCCUUUGUAGACCACAAAACGAAGAUGAUCCGGAAGGUCCUCACGUCGGCGGGGGAGAGGGGGCGGCGAGCCUUGCCGCCGGCGACAAAGACUCCGGCACCGAUUUUGUAUUGGGUGGUUGUCUGAACCAACUUUUGUGUUGGCAAUUCGGUGUUGGUUCUUUGGAGGAGGUGGCCGAAUUCCUCCUUUUGAGAUGGCAGUCAUUUCUGCUACUCUACUACUCUACUACUCUGAUGCUCGGCGGUUCUGCUGUUCUUGUAGAUAAGAUAAGGAUGAUGGGUUUGGUUGACCGGGUCGGCCAGAGCUGACCCGGUCGACCCGAGUUGACUGGCUCGACCAGAGUUGACCCGGGUUGACCAGAGUUAAUUGGGCUGAGAUAUGGGCCUGGAUUGUGUUUAUGGUUUGAGAAUUGGGCUGCUGGUGUGGGUUUGUUUCUGAUAGUUUUUUUUUUUAAUGUAUAAUUACUAAGUGUAUCUUAAAAGUUAAUAAAUUGUAAUUUGUAGUUGCACAUUUAUUUAUUUAUUUAUGUUAUUGCUUUUAGAAUGAGAUGAUCCUUGUAUGUAUUGCUCAAAAAUUCAAUUGAUCCUUCCAACCCA